UGUCUGUCGCCGCCCGUUACGAACAUUGCUGGUCUGCGCCUUCCCAUCUCUGCGCCCGGCAGUCGCCGUCGGAAGCAACAGGUGGCUGCCUGCAGUGAUUGGCAUCAUCUUUGCUGCCGUGUCGCGCAGACACGUCUCUGACACACGUAUUGAAGAGCUUUGACGGCGAUAGUACGAAUCGUUCGUUGUUGCUUCGUGCGUUGUAUUAACUGACGCUCCGACCUUCUGACCCGAAAAGCCGACAAACUGUGACACAACGUGGAAAGUGGCACAUGUUGCGAAAUUAUUAACUGGCCAGAGCUCGGAGUAGAGCAUCGAUCUUAAUUUAGUUUUCUCCGCCCACGAUGUCCAACAACACGACGCAGACCGUUGUAAAGGGGCCCACGUGCUGCCGCGACUGCACCCCCAUGGAGCGCAGGCUGACGCUGGUGGCUGCGACCACGCUGCUGGCAGCCAUCGCUCUCGCCGUCUCGCUGGGCGUCCUCUUUGCCAAGUGGCAGCACCAGCCCAGAGCCAGUCAGGUGCCAGUAUCCCAAUCCACCAAUCAGAGCCAGGAGGACCUCUGCCUGACACAGGGAUGCAUCCAAGCAGCGUCUGAGGUGCUGAGCAAACUGGACCCGUCGGCGGACCCCUGUGAUGACUUCUACCAGUACGCGUGUGGCAACUACGUGCGCACCACCAACAUCCCGGAUGACAAGUCGUCGGUGGACACCAUCUCAGCUCUCACCGACCACCUGCUGGAGAAGCUGCGCAACGCCAUAGAAGAGGAGCUGACCGAAGCUGUCGUCCCACGGAGCCUGCAGCUGGCGCGCGACUUCUACAGGGCCUGCAUGAACAAGCCACAGAUCGAGUCCCGCGGCGUGGGGCCGCUCCAGAGGGUGCUGCAGGAGCUGGGCGGCUGGCCCGCCGUGGAGGGCGACUCCUGGCAAGAGGCGGGCUUCGACUGGCGGCAGAGCGUCUACCGCUUCCGCAGGGCCGGAUUCAGCACCGACUACUUCAUCAAGUUCUCGGUGGAGACCGACCACCGCAACUCAACGCAGCGCUGCAUUUACCUGGACCGGGCAUCGCCAGGACUAAGUCACGAGUUCCUUCUGAGGCCUCCCCCAAACAAACAGGUGGAUGCGUAUUACAAGUACCAGGUGGACCUAGCAGUUCUGCUGGGUGGUGACAGAGUGCGCGCACAGCGUGAGCUCAGGCAGUCCCUCGAGUUCGAGAGACAUCUGGCCAUAAUCUCGCUGACAAGAGAGAAGAGGGGCAACGUGACGCAGCCGUACGAACCGCCCACCGUGGAGAAGCUGCAGCGGGCGUACCCGUCGGUGCCGUGGCUGGAGUUCCUGCAGGCGCUGCUGCCGCCACAGGUCACCGUCUCCAGCAGCGAGGCGGUCGUCGUUCUGGCGCCGUCGUACAUCGAGCGCCUCUUACAGCUGCUCGGCCACACCCCCAAGAGGGUGAUCGCCAACUACGUCAUGUGGCGGGCGGCUGAGGCCCGGGUGAGGUUCAUGACGGAGGAGAUGCGCGAGCGCCAGCUCGACUACAACUACGCCCUGACCGGCAAGAAAGAGCGGCAACCUCGCUCGAGGGAGUGCGUCGAAAUCGUCGCUACUGGCAUGCCGCUGGCUGUGGGCUCCAUCUAUGUGCGCAGGUUCUUCGACAAGGAGGCCAAGAACGCGGCGCUCGAGAUGGUGGACGACAUCCGCCAGGAGUUCCUCCACAUGCUGCAAGAGGUGGACUGGAUGGACGAGGGCACCAAGAAGAAGGCACUAGAGAAGGCCAAGUCCAUGGUCGCCCACAUCGCCUAUCCUGAUGAGUUGCUGGAUGACAGCAAGCUGGACCACUUCUAUGAGGAGCUGGACGUCAACUCAACCCUCUACCUGGAGAGCUUGCUCAACGUGACCAAGUUCCUGAUGGACUACUCCUUUGGUCAACUGCGGCAGCCCAUCAACAAGACUUCAUGGACCACCCAUGGAGCGUCAGCUACUGUAAACGCCUUCUACGACCCCAGUGAGAACUCCAUAUUGUUCCCAGCAGGCAUCCUCCAAGGAGCCUUCUUCAGUGCUGACCGCCCCAAGUACAUGAACUACGGUGGCAUCGGCUUUAUCAUUGGCCACGAGAUCACACAUGGCUUCGAUGACAAGGGUCGUCGGUAUGACAAGGAUGGUAACGUGGUGGACUGGUGGGACCCUGUGACUCGUGACAAGUUUCUUAAGAAGGCACGCUGCAUCAUCUCACAGUACGGGAAUCUCACUGAUAAGCAGACAGGCAUGCACCUGAAUGGGCUCAUCACACAGGGGGAGAACAUCGCAGACAAUGGCGGCAUCAAGGAGGCGUACCGCGCCUACCUCGCCCUGGAGCGCCGCACCGGCCAGCCAGAACUGAGGCUGCCCGCGCUGCCCAGCCUCUCUCCACGACAGAUGUUCUGGGUGUCCGUCGCACAGGCCUGGUGCUCCAAGUACCGUGUUGAGCAGAUGCGCCAGAGCAUCUUGACUGACGUUCACCCACCGAGCCGCUUUCGCAUACUGGGCCCAUUCAGCAACCAACCCGAGUUUUCCAAGGACUUCGAGUGUCCACUUGGCUGCCACAUGAACCCGAAAGACAAGUGCCAGAUGUGGUAAAGUGUCAAGAGCCUGAUAGCCACACUGAAAUGUCAGAAGUCUAUCACCAGCUGCCAAGUGCCUGAUGUCACCCACUGUCCAUCGCACACAUCCGACUCCCAAAUGCACAGAUAUCCCGACUCAGUCAUUCUGCAGAACAAAAGGGAAUUUAAUGCUGUCAACGAUCGACCAAUACUUCAGAUAUGAAGCUUUGUUUGUGUGUAGUCCUCACUACACAGGCUCCGACGUGUUCACUAUGGACUGGAGUCUCAAAACAGGCUAUCAGAUGUAUCCACAGAUGACUGGAAAAGGCCUGUCCAGUUGCUACGGUUUUAGCACAUCCUUAAUGGGGAUUGCCAAUUGUGUGUGUGUGUGUGUGUGUGUGUGUGUGUGUGUGUGUGUGUGUGUGUGUGUGUUAUCAUUGUACAACCAUCUCCUUGAGGUGGAUAAAUAAAUCUGUCUGAAGAUACAGUUACAGUUACACUAAAUUUUAAUAAAUAAUUUCAGACACUAUUUUCUUUCUGGAAAGUACUGCAAAUUUAUUCUGUUCGAGUAAUACCACAAAGGGAAAACAACACCCAUAACAACUCGUAAGUUGUGGGAGAAAAAGAGAAAAUUCAAUAGACAAAAAGUGGUGGAGGGAUGAGUCCAGUAAUUUAAACCAGAGAGAUAAAUGGUUUAUGCACUGAAAACAUAUGUUGCAUUAUUGGUGAAAAGCGAGAUUUACUGCAAUACUAAGCUGCAAACAACGAGAUGAGGAAAGAUCUAAUGAGAUAGUUUUACGCAAGAAAGUGUAACAUUUCACGGAAAUGUAAACAACACCCUUGUAUUUUUUAUGUCUACCCUUAUCAGGACUAAAUAAGCAACGUGAAAAAAUCUGUGCCCAUCAUUAAAUAAUCAUCAAGAAAGUGCUUGGCAGUCUAGAAACUGUUAGUUCCAAUAAUCAGAACAGUUUACUAUGAAGGGAUAUGGACUACAGAGCUUUCCAGCUGGAGACUAACUGUUCAUACUAUGUGAGAAAAGCCUAGAUGACUGUCAUUACAUUAAUACAUAACACUAAAUGAUAGCGGGAGUUGUCAACACUGAGAUAACUUUUAUGUAUUUGAUAUCGUCAUUGAGGACAGUGCUCUAAAAGUGUCCAAAGGUUUCACGAAUGAACAAAUAACUUCCUAAUUUUUUAAUGCUGUUACGGGAAUUUAUUUAAUUGUAUGGUAGUAAUGACACACUGCAUUCACAAACAAUGCCCAUAGCAGAUGAAGUAAAGAAAAUCAGUAACAAUAUUUUAUAACUGAAAGCUGGAUUACUCUUACAUCUUGUGAGAAGAUAUUAAUGGAGAGAGAGAGAGAGAGAGAGAGAGAGAGAGAGAGAGAGAGAGAGAGAGAGAGAAGGAGGGAGGGGGAGAGAGAUAAUGCUUUAGUGCUCUGAGUUGUGUGAUGACGAUUUUACCUGCCUGUGGAAAUCAGAAAGAAUCACCAUAAGCUAAAUCAGCAUGGCGCAAUAGCAUUACAAUAGACGUAUCAUACAAGCCUAAAUAGAUCACAAUGAAGCAGAUAGGUAACACACUUUAUUCAUGCAUGACCAAUUCUGUCUGCAGAAGUUUAACGCUGUCUCGUUAAAUUCUCUUGGCGUUCAAAAUGUAUCACCCUUCUGCAGAAACUAGAACUUUCAAUGAUUUUCAGCAUCCUCAUGGUCGGUAGAAGACAAUGAAGAAAUGUCCGAAAUCUCGAGUUUCUACUUAAAAGUCACUUUACUUGCACACUGCCAGUACAUUAUAUAAUCAAGUCCGAGUGCAAAAAUAGAGAUAUAUUUGGCAUCAUUUUGUUACUACUGGCAUCUACAACUGACUGUAUCCUCUAGACAUCACUGUGAAUUGCAUGCCUAGAUAAAACCAGUACUAUCCAUUCCCCAUCCUGAUAUCUCUCUAUAACAAGUGAGGGGAAACAAUCUCAUGGUACAUGUGAAUUUUCGCCCUAAUCUCUCUUCCGUCUUUCCUAUGGAGACACUGUUAGUCCCAAACCUGAACAUAUUCUUGUUAACUGAAAGAGAGGAAAACCGAAAAAACUAUUAGAUCACUUUAUAUUGGAAUUAAAAAUCUACAUUAAACAAAUUAAGUGUUAAACUAUGUUUCAAACAUAUGUGGCGUUCCUGGUAUAAAAUACAUCGUUAUUUUUCAUAAAUAAUAGCGUAUGUUUAUCGGACAUGGUGACAUGGAAAGUAGAAGAGGACAUGCUUAGAUUUGAGAACAACUAACAUGGACAUUAAGUACGUUAUGAAAUGGAUAAAACGUAUAGUUUUCAAGAAAUCAUGAAAUGUUCUCAAGAACUCUAAGAGACAAUCCCAUUUUUAAAAUAAUUAUAAAUUAGUUAAAUGAAGAAAGUAAUUACCAUAUGCAAUAUAUGUAUACUUUGUAAUCAUUUGCAUCUUGCUGCAACCAAAAAAAGCAGAAACUGCUUUUCUGAAUACAGCUUAAAAAUGGUCAAGAUCAGCUACCCUUGCUGCACAGUUUGCAUUAAUAAAGUAUAUAUUUAAAAAUAUGUAUUUUGUCAAUAAAAAUUAUAAUUUGUAACAA